AUGCGUUUCUCUACUCUCGCUACUACUGUUACAGGAUUAUUGUUAGCUGCUAAGCAGGUAUCUGCUAUUGGUGAUCUUGCCUUUAACUUGGGUGUCAAGAACAACGACGGUAGUUGUAAGACCACUUCUGACUACGAAAACGAUUUGAAGAUCUUAAAAGGCUAUACCAACAUUGUUAAAGUAUAUGCCGUUUCUGAUUGUAAUACUUUGCAAAACUUAGGUCCAGCUGCUGAAGCUGAAGGUUUCCAAGUUUUCUUUGGUAUUUGGCCAAACGAUGAAGCCCACUUCCAAGCAGAAAAGAAUGCUUUACAAACUUACUUGCCAUCUAUCAAGGAAUCCACUGUUGCUGGUUUCUUAGUUGGUUCCGAAGCUUUAUAUCGUAAAGAUUUAACUGCUGAUCAAUUAGCUGAUAAGAUCAACAAUGUUCGUUCCUUUAUUGCCAACAUAAAAGAUUCUGAAGGUAACUCCUACUCAAACAAGGCAGUCGGUACUGUUGAUUCCUGGAAUGUUUUAGUCGCUGGCUACAAUGCUCCUGCUAUUAAAGCUGCUGAUUUUGUCAUGGCUAAUGCUUUCUCUUACUGGCAAGGUCAGACUAUGCAAAAUGCCUCUUAUUCCUUCUUCGAUGAUAUUAUGCAAGCUUUACAAACCAUUCAAACUGCCAAAGGUUCUACUGACAUUACUUUCUGGGUCGGUGAAACUGGCUGGCCAACUGAAGGUACCAACUUCGAAAAUGCUUAUCCAUCUGUUGAAAACGCUAAAUUAUUCUGGCAACAAGGUAUUUGUGCUAUGAGAGCUUGGGGUGUUAAUGUUAUUGUUUUUGAAGCCUUCGAUGAAGACUGGAAACCAAACACUUCUGGUACCUCUGAUGUUGAAAAACACUGGGGUGUUUGGACCUCUAGUGAUCACUUAAAAUACUCUUUGGCUUGUGACUUUUGA